UUGUUUUGGCUGGCUGAUUCUGAGUUGAAGUUUAAAGGAAAGAGAGAAGAGUGAUUGUUGAUUUGGUGUGUGGAGAAACAGGGACAGAAAAAAUGGGAAGAAUUCCUUGCUGUGAGAGAUUGGGAUUGAACAAAGGGUUUUGGAGUCCUGAGGAAGAUCGCAUUCUCAUCAAUCAUAUCAACACAUAUGGUCACAAAAAUUGGCAUGCUCUACCCAGACAAGCUGGGCUUUCGAGAUGUGGAAAGAGUUGCAGACUCAGGUGGAUAAAUUAUCUUAGGCCAGAUAUUAAACGAGGCAAUUUUACAAGAGAAGAAGAAGACAAGAUAAUCCAGUUGCAUGAAAAGCUGGGAAACAGAUGGUCAGCCAUAGCAGGAAAGUUACCAGGUAGAACAGACAACGAAAUAAAGAACGUGUGGAACACCCACUUGAAGAAGAGGGUGUCCCAACAAGACAAAGACACGAAACAAAAGCUGUCCUUGGUCAGCACACAAAUUCCCAAACAAGAACAACAACAACCCGUGACAGAGGAAAAAAAGGCACUGUCAUCUCCACAGUGUGCAAGCACUGACGUGUCAACCCUCACCACUUCUACCACCAGUGACAGCAGAGACCACAACUGCGCUACUGCUAUUGAUCAUCAACAUCGCUUGCCCGUGAAGACUGAAUCGCUCGAUGAUGAUUUCUGGUCUCAAGUUCUCUCACCUGGUAACGCCGCUCACCGGGACUUCCAAUCUUCACUCUCUCCGUUGUUCACUUCCAAUGGGGUGCAUGCGUCAAGUGCUUACGAUAAUGUCAACUUUUGGUACGAUGUGUACAUGGGAGAACAAGAACUACGAGACUUCUGAUGCUGGCUAAAUAUGAUGUUAGAGAUAUUUCAACUGAACAUGAUAGUUAGUUAGACGCAAAUUUGUUUAUUAGCUAAUUAGUAAUAGGUAUAUGUUUUGUUGCCUUUUGAACUUUUGGACUUGAGGAUGAGUUUUUGAGCAUGUGAACUUCAAUGAAUUUCUGGUCCUGUGGACAGGGAUGGUGGUUUGGGCCAAAUAAGAAAAAGUGUGCGGCUAGCCUUGAUUUUUUGUGUACUUGGUAUUUUAGCCCGUUGGUCCAUUUAGACUCUUUCUGUUUAACUCUCAAGGUCAACUAUGGGCUAACGAUGGACCCAUCCGU